AUGGACACCAUGGAAAGCCUGAUGCUCAAUCCGCCCGAUCAGCAUCCGACAAGUGGCAUGCCAUCUGGCAUGGUCGGAGAUUACAGCAGCAUCUUAUCCUCCAGCUCAUCGCAGUUUUACACGUCAGAUCCUCUCGGCCAAUCCUGGAACCCGCCUCCCCUACCUACGGAUUCCUCCCCCGUAACAUCCGCCGCGUUUGGCGGGUUCCCUGACGUGGGCUUGGAUCCGGCACCGCCGCCUUAUCACGAGGCUCUGCAAGCGCCACGUGUCGGUGACGUCAGCAGCAGCGAUAUAUUUUCAGGGUUAGGCUUAUCCGCAUCAGGCGGAUUAGGAGGCUCGGAUUUCGGGCUUGGCAUGCCCGCAGGUGGCGCCGACAUUCACGGCGGUCUUCCCGGGGGGGUCUUUCCAGGAGGCGUUGGGGGGUUCCCUGGUGGGAGUGGUGGGCUAGAAGCGGCAUCUGCGGCGGCAAAUGCGGCGUCUCUUACGGGGCCAGUGGUUGGCACAGUACCAGGCCAAGUGGCUGGCGAAAAUGGCGGCGCCGGCGGCGGUGGUGGUAAAGGACAAGGGAUGCCGCCCGAUUUCAUAGACGUGAGAGUAGUGGGUUCCAAGAAGCUUCAGGAGGCGGGCGGCUCCAUGAUUCCCGGAGGGGGUUCUUACGUGGCAUAUGUGAUUGAAACGAAGACGAAUGUGCCUGAAUACGGUGCCCCGUCUGCCCGCGUGGAGAGAAGAUUCCGCGAGUUUGUCGCCCUGGCUGACAGACUCGCAGAGACGCAUCGCGGGUACUUCAUCCCGGUGCGGCCGGACAAGAACGUGGUGGAGAGUCAGGUGCUGCAGGGGACGGAGUUUGUGAAGACGAGGCAGGUGGAGCUCGAUAAAUACGUGCAGCGUCUAGCACGGCACCCUGCAAUUCGCAGGAGCACGGAUUUGAUUUCCUUCCUGACGUCGUCAGAGAGAUUCCAGCCCGCCACGUCAGUAGACAUCGCUUCCCGCGUGCUGGAAGGUGCCGUGAAGCUUCCCCAGCAGCUGUUUGGGGCGGCAGACUCCAUCACGCCGGCAGAAGCUGCCAAACCGGCGGGCGGCGGGAGGAACCUUCUGAGAAUGUUCAAGGAGUUUGGGCAGUCCGUGGCAAACGAUUGGACGGGCAAGCCGCCAGCUGUCAGUGGAUCCACGUCAGCAUCAGCAGGGGGUGGAGGAGCCGGAGGAGGAGGAACGUCCACGUCAGCAUUGGAAGCAGGAGCAGGAGCGGGAGCAACAGACGAAGAACCUGGAAAUCCCGGCGGAAAACGACAAACGGCGCCGACCGCAGCGGAGGUCGAGGCGGACGAGGCGCGGUUCGGUUCGGCCCGAGCCAAGCUGGCAGACCUGGACAAGCACCUUGCCGAGGCUACAGCCGGCGCGGUGGGAAUGAUGCAGGCCCAGGACGGCUGUAGCCGCAUUGUGGGGUCCCUGGGGAUCACGUUCGGGUCAUUGGCUAAGCUGCAGGGGCAGCGCCUGGCGGAUGGGGGUGCGGGGGGGGCAGGGGGAGGCGCAGGGGGAGGGGGAGGGGGAGGGGGAGGCGGAGGGGGAGGGGGAAGUACAGCAGGAGGGGGGGCGGAAGGGGGAACUGGGUCGGAGGCAGUGGGAGGAGGCGGGGAUAAGGGGGUGGGGCAACGGGAGCGGGCGUUUGUGGCGGAGUGUCAGAGCAUGGGCAAGGGCAUGGUGCGCAGUGCUCAGUUGUUACACAGUGUGGUGGAGCGGAACAAACGCACUCUGGUGAGACUGCAGGGUUGGGUUGGGUUGGGCUGGGUUUUCUGUGAUAGCUCCACAUGUUGUGAGAGCGUGGGCAAGGGCAUGGUGUGGAGUGCUCAGUUGUUACACAGCGUGGUGGAGAGAAACAAACGCACUCUGAGACACAUGUCAACCCUUUCCCCACCUCUCCCACCUCCGUCCCCCCGCUCCCACCUCUCUCCCCCUGCCCCCGCGCUCCCACCUCUCCUACCUCUGCCCCCGCGCUCCCACCUCUCUCCCUCUGCCCCCCGCUCCCACCUCUCCUACCUCUGCCCCCGCGCUCCCACCUCUCUCCCCCUGCCCCCGCGCUCCCACCUCUCCUACCUCUGCCCCCGCGCUCCUACCUCUCCUACCUCUGCCCCCGCGCUCCUACCUCUGCCCCCGCGCUCCCACCUCUCUCCCUCUGCCCCCCGCUCCCACCUCUCCUACCUCUGCCCCCGCGCUCCCACCUCUCUCCCCCUGCCCCCGCGCUCCCACCUCUCCUACCUCUGCCCCCGCGCUCCCACCUCUCUCCCGCUGGCCCCCGCCCUGUCUUAUCCGCACCAGUCCAUCCUCCUCGAGUAUCACAAAACAACGGCUGCCGCCCGGACGGCCCUUGCGGACCGGUCCCAGGCGCUGCUGACGUGGCAGACGCUGGAGAGCGAUCUGGGCGGCAAGAAGACAAAGCUGGACCGGUUAGGGUCGGUGGACGGAUCAGAUCCCGCCAAGCAGAAGAAGGCUCAGGAGCUUCAGAGGGAGAUUCAGGCGCUGGAGAAGGCUAAAGAGGCUGCUAUUAACGAGUACAAGAAGAUCACUGAGCGCAACACAGCAGAGCUGCAGCGGUUUGAAAGUGAGAGGAAGCAGGAGUUUCUCGCAAUGCUGGGCAAUUUCGUUCAAGACCAGGUGCUAUGUGCACAGAAGAUGGCAGCAAUAUGGGCACCAGUGGGGGAGGAUCGCCCAUGUUAG